AUGAAGCAUAGCAGAAAUCUAUUCUGUUUUCUCUUGUGCUUAUUUUGUGUCAUGUCAAAAACUGGCACAGUCUCAGCCACACGCCCGUUGAACUCAAAUGUUGGAAUCAGCCCAACGUUAGCGAUAUUACUCGCUUGUCUUGUUUUAUUGUUGAUGGCAGUUAUCUUCAUAUAUAUACGUCGCAUGAGCCCUGAUUCCUUUGACGAAUCAAUGGGUUUUUACUUCUUUCGGCACCGACCAGUCUCCCGUGGGCUUGAGCCUAAUAUCAUCGAAACUUUGCCGGUAUUUGUAUACUCCGAUGUCAAAGCCCUAAAGAUAGGCAAAUCUAUCCUAGAAUGUGCUGUUUGCCUAAACGAGUUCGAAGAUGAAGAUACUCUCCGCCUUCUUCCUAAUUGUUGCCACGUGUUCCAUCCUGAAUGUAUUGAUGCUUGGCUUGCCUUUCGUACCACUUGCCCAGUUUGCCGUGCAAAUCUCAAAACAAAACCUGCGGGUAAACUUCAAGAAUCAAUUCAAGAAACAGAUGACGUUGAGUCUCAGAAUGUCAGCUCAGUUGUAUCACAUCCAGCACCAGAAGAAGUAAUAAACCAGUCUUCUCAAACGCCGCCCGUUCAUAGUCAUACGCCAGAUAAGGCGAGAAGUAAGACACCUGAUUUUCGGCACCUUGCACCAAAAUCAACUCCGAGAAGGCCAAAGAUUUUUGGGAUGUUCAGUCGUUCUCACUCGACGGGUCACUCGUUGAUUCAACCUGGUGAAAAUUGCGAGAGGUUUACUCUAAGGUUACCUGAUGAUGUACGUAAAAGAUUGGUAGACUUAAGCUUGAGUAGGGCCUACAAUGGCGCCGUAGCCUUUUCUCCAGCGAGAAAUUCAACUAAGGGGUACCGGUUCGAACCGGAGGAGGGCCGGUUAAGCUUGAGUAGGGCCUACAAUGGCACCGUAGCCUUUUCUCCAGCGAGAAGUUCAACUAAGGGGUACCGGUGUGAACCGGCGGAUGGUCGGUUAAGCAAGCUCCGGUUUCUACCGACUCCGCCUAUGUUCUCUAGAUCCGGUUCGUCAAAGGGUGAGAAACAGCCGAAGAGUCUGCUGAAGUCCGUUAAGUCAGUUAAGUCGCCGUUAAAUUUGUUUUGCGUGACGGAAAAGGACGAUACAGGAGAAAGAUCUUUUACUUAUUUAAGAUCAAGUAGUACUUCAAGUUAG